GUUUAGAUUUUCUGGAUCAGUGGUUAGACGACAGAUCCUAAUAUUGAGUAAUAGAAUCGUAAAGAAAAGAAGGGAUUCUGUAAGUUGAUGUGGGAAAUAUAUCGUAGUUUUCUAAUUUUACUCGUGCUGUAUGUCCUGAAAAUAACUAUGUCUAUUGGAAAGUGACAAGGCAAUGUGAUCAUAUUGCUAAUGGAGGCAGACUUAUUGCAUGACACUCAAUAGUCUUUGAACCAAAUGGCAGAAUACCAGACUCAGUACCAGCCCCUUGGGUCAUGUGAGGAUGAUACAGAUGAGAACGAUGCCCCCACUACAGAGUCUGCCAACCUGAUGAUCCAUGUUGUUCAAGAGAGUACUCGAUGGAACCACAUAGAAAACCUGGACGAGUUUUUCACCCGUGUGUAUCAUUACCAUCAGCGAGGCGGAUUCGUGUGUAUGAUGCUCAGUGAUAUACUCCAACUUGUACAAUUCCUGUUUGUGGUGGGCUUCUCAACUUUCCUGUUAGAGUGUGUGAAUUACGAUAUUCUUUUUGCCAACUCUAAGAAUGACACGCACAAGGUCACCAUCCCUGAGGCGGUCUUACCAUUUGGCCAGUGUGUUAAACAAUUUGACUUUGGGAUUGUGGUCAGCCUGCUGGUUGCGUCGACCUUUUGGUUGUUCCGGUUAAUCAAAGUUCUCUACAACAUCUUUAAAUACUGGGAGAUUCGCUCAUUUUACCUCACAGCUCUAAACAUCUCUACAACUGACCUGACAAACAUGACCUGGCAUGAAGUUCAGCGAUGUCUGCUGGAGGUCCAGAAGGAACAACAGAUGUGUAUCCACAAACAGGAGCUGACUGAGCUCGAUAUCUACCACCGAAUACUCCGAUUCAAAAACUACAUGAUAGCUAUGGAGAGAAAGUCAUUGAUGCCACUUCGACAUAACAUACCAUUUAUAGGAGAGUGCGCAUUCUACAGCAUUGGAUUAAAGUACAACCUGGACUUUAUACUCUUCUGGGGUCCUUGGUCACCCUUUGAAAAUUACUGGAAAUUAAAAGAUGAAUACAAAAUUUAUCACAAAAGGAAACAGCUAGCAGAAGAGCUAUCUAAGAGAAUCAUGUGGAUUGGGAUUGCUAACUUUGCCUUCAGCCCUCUGAUUCUGAUGUGGCAAAUUCUCUACUCUUUCUUCAGAUAUGCUGAUACACUUAAAAGAGAACCUUCCAUGUUAGGAUCCAGAAGGUGGUCAAAUUAUGCAAGACUAUACCUUCGCCAUUAUAAUGAGUUAGACCAUGAAUUUGAUGCAAGGUUGAAUCGAGGUUACCGUUUAGCAAAUAAAUACAUGGAUAUUUUUACCUCUCAGCUGAUAGUUUUAGUAGCAAAGAAUGUGGCAUUUUUCGCGGGCUCUGUGCUGGCUGUGCUUGUUGUGUUGACUGUGAUUGACGAGGAUGUGUUGGCUGUGGAGCACGUGCUCACUACCAUGACAGUGGCUGGAUUGAUUGUGACAGCCUGCAAAGUUUUUAUUCCAGAUGAGCAUUUAGUGUACUGUCCGGAGAUCUUAAUGAGAAACAUCCUGGCUCACGUCCACUACAUGCCACCAGACUGGUCGGGAAACGCGCACACCUCCAAAGUCCGCAAUGAAUUUUCAAUAUUUUUCCAGUACAAAGUAGUUUAUCUCUUAGAGGAAUUGUUGAGUCCUCUUGUCACUCCCUUUGUGCUGUGUUUUUCCUUGCGUCACAAAUCCACGGAGAUUGUUGAUUUCUUCCGGAACUUUACAGUGGAUGUGGUGGGAGUAGGGGAUGUGUGUUCAUUUGCACAAAUGGAUGUCCGCAAGAGGGACAACAAACCACAGAAUGUGGAGGAGUCAGCUGAACCACAAGCAGGAACCAAUGUGUUUACACCAGAGCACUGCCCAUCACAGGAGGGCAAGAUAGAGAUGUCACUGAUGCAUUUUCAUUUAACAAACCCAGAAUGGAAACCUCCACAAGACUGCAGUUUAUUUAUCAAUGAUGUUAAAGAGCAAGCCCAGAGAGACCCAACAAGUCUCAGUAUAUUCCAUCCUGUGACCCAAAACAUGAUGAGCUCAUCUCAGGGCUCCCUCACGGGGUAUCUGUCUGGACUACAACCAAGUGGAGCAGGAGGCAUGGGGGAAAGCGUAACAGCCCACGAUAACCAGUACACAAGCAUGGCAUCCAGUGUUGCUGUACGAAGUGGUCUGUACCCAAAUUCCACUCAGGUCUCCAUGGCUCCAAGUGUGACCGGCAUCCACCACAGGCUGAGGGGGGCUCUCUCUGCAGCCGAGGGUCCACUAGACCGAUCCAUUAGCGGUCCAUUUACAAACAUGCAGGCCUCCACUAGUAUGAUGAACAGUGGAUAUGGAUUUCAUUCUCUGAGUAGUUCCAAGCCCAGUGUGGAUGAAGGAUCCUUGGAAUUGAUGUCACAUGACAUGAGUGUUAGUGCUUUGUACUUGCACGACCUUCAGUCUCGCAAAAUGAGAGGUCAAAGUCAGAUUGGAGGAUACGAUAAUUUGGAAGACAUUCGCGCCAGGAAUUUGUGGCAGAGGCAGGAUAGUAACCAGGGAACAGGACACUUCCUGAUGCCGAAUAUUCAGGAAAAGAUGGAGGAAGCGGAGGGCGACUGUUCACACCCCGUCACAAAAUCUGUUUAACGCCAACCCAGCCUUAUCAUGCAUAUUGUGAUUUUUAUUUAUUCACCUUUAUAGGUGUUUCGUGUACUGGUAUGCAGUAAGAUUUUACCCUUGAUUUUCUUAUUAUGUUAAUUGCUUUCUGUACUGUUCACAAUACUAUACAUGUAUGAUUCAUGAUACAUUGUAUGAUUAAAGUUUAUGUGUAUAUACAUGUAACACAAACAAAUGUAUACUGUAAAGUUUGAUUCUGAGAAAUACAGUGAAAUAAUAACAAUGGCUUUGUGAAACAGCAUUCCCUCACACAAUAGACCUAUCUCAGCAAGGACGUUCACCUAGCCUUUACAAAACUUGGAAAUCAGUGGGAAUAUCAUGAGGGAACUGUUACAUUAUUACUGUGAAGGAGGACUGGAGUGUAGGUUGUUAUGAGGGGAUAAUUACAUGGAUGUUGUUUAUAUCAUUCAGGGGUACAGUGUAACUCUGAUUUACAACAGUGUACAUGGACUGUGUGUUUUACACAAGGGGGACAUCGUCGCAAAUCACGGGUUAUUGUUUCAUUCUAUUUCACAAACAAUAAAACAAAAACCGUGGUUUGCAACGAUGAUGAGGGGAUAACUAUGCUGUUUACACAAGGAGAUAACUAUGCUGUUUACACAAGGAGAUAACUAUGCUGUUUACUCCAGGGGAUAACUAUACUGUUUACUUGAGGGGAUACUUGACUUAGUUUCUUCUAACACACAUUUUCCAGUUUUUCCUGUCUUGUACAGCUCUUGCUGUUUCAGUCCAGUUUGUAAACCCUAGCUGCUCUCUUUCUCUCUCCACAGUUCUUCUCCAUGUUUCCUUUGGCCGACCUCUUUCCCUUCUACCUUCAGUUGUCCAUGUCAAUGCUACUCUGCAGUUGUUAUAAUUAUGCAUCUUUGCUCGAGGGGAUAACUAUGCUAUUUACUCAAGGGGAUAAGUAUGAUGUUUGCUCGAGGGGACAACUAUGUUGUUAUCAUGAGGGGAUUUAGGGCAAUACAAAUACAAUAUACAUGUACCUAAUGUUAUAUACAGGGCCUGGCAUGAUUAUAUAUGGCAUACAGUGAAUCAUAAGCAAAUGAACUUGCUACAGUAAGACAACCGUUACAAGGAACGUUUACACUGAAUUUACACUUAAAGGGAAGUUAUUUUCAUUCUCAGUAGUUGUAAAACAUAACAUUAACUUAUUGGAUAUGACGAAUUAUGUUUAUAUUGAAUAAAAUUGUCCCCAGUA